GGUUAAGCCUUUAUUUUUUCAUUUCUACUACUACUGUAAUUAAGGAAGGGUAUAGAUCGAGUCGCUCUUAAAUCUUUCUCUCUUCAAGAUCUCUAACUAAGUAAUAAGCAUCCGAUCGGGGGGUUGCCGGAGAUGGAUCAAACUGGUUUUCAAGAUUCUUUUGUUAGGGAAUUUAUCCGGCCAGCCGGCGUCUCAUCCGGCGGGGAUGCAAAUUCAUCUGGGCACGGGAAAGAACCCGGUGGGCCCAAUGCCAUCAAAAGUGAGUUAUCUCCGGCGCCGUCCGAGGUGUCUCCGGCACUUGGUAAGAGGAGGGCGGCAUCUCCUCCGGUGACUGAAGUUAAAGAAGGCCGCCGUGAGGUGGCGGCGGAUCAUGAUGGGCAUAUUUGGACCGAAAGAGAGAGGAGGAAAAGGAUGAGGAACAUGUUUACUCAUCUUCAUGCCUUACUCCCUCAACUUCCUCUUAAGGUAGACAAGGCGACUAUAGUGGAUGAAGCUGCGAAGCAGAUCAUGGCCCUUCAAACAGCCAUUCACAACCUGGAGAAACUAAAGCAGGAACGCCAGCUGCUUCUAUCUUCUGCCGCCAGACCCAACGACGGCGAUCUGUCCUGCAUAUUCUCCUCCGAAAUCCCGCAAGCUGCGGCGGGCCGUGAUCACUCCGACCACGGCCGCGGCUUCGUUCCCGCCCCGGGAUCGAAUAAGCAUCAUUAUCAUGGUGACCAGAACGUCAUCACCGUCCAGCCUUAUUUGGCGACAGCUAAUAAUGUUGAUGAUGUGGGAGGAGGAGGAGGCGUAAAUUAUGAAGGGUGGUGGAGCUCAGCGAACGUGUCACUGAGCGUAUGCGGAGAGGACGCACACGUCAGCGUGUGCUGUGAGGGGAAGAUAGGGCUGCUCUCCGCCAUCUGCUAUGUGAUGGAAAAGUACAAAAUAGAGGUGCUCUCUGCUCACGUCUCCUCUCCUCAUCGUCUUCGCACCAUGCUCAUGAUUCAUGCCCGCGUGACAAGUGGAUAUGCAAUUCAGUUUCCGGUGGAAGAAAUAUACAGGCAAGCCGCCGAAGAAAUUCUUCUGCUCUGCGGAUAACUACCUGGCGCCCGCGGCCGUCAGUUUAUCUCUCAAUAUGCAUUGCUGCGUGUUAGUUUUUUUUCUUCGCAAGACAUAUUUGGACCAUUUUGAGAAUAUAUAUGUUAUUUAUUCUUGUUGUUCUUCUUUUAGUCAGUCAUUUUUUAUUAUAAAUAAUAUCAAACUUUGAUCUAUAAUAAAUUUA